AUGGCUGGUGGUGUAUGGGGCAGGGGCAGGGGCCAGGGAGCCACUGUGGGGGCCCUAACCCUGACAGCUGUAGCUGAAGGGAUCCGGGCCAGCCAGGGACAACCCCUGGGACCCCUUUCCACCAGCUCUCAGUCCAAGCCCCAGGAACUUGAACUUGAGGCUGAGCCCCAGGUCCACGCUGCCACCACUGCCUCUGAGGUUGAGCCUGGAAGUACGGCGACUGCCCCCACAGCCAGCAGUGAGCCCUACUCCCCACACAAUGCUCGGGAGGCAGUCCUUGAGGGACCCCACCAGGUCCCCCAGAGUUCCUUGGAGGAGGGCGCCCUUGCCGACCUGGCCAUGUACACGGCUGCCUGCCUGGAGGAGGCUGGCUUUGCCGGGACCCAGGCCACAGCGGUCACUUUGUCUUCAGCCCUGGAGGCCAGGGGGGAGAAGUUGGAGGACCAGGUGCACGCUUUAGUGUGCGGGUUGCUGGUACAGGUGCCCACCCUGGCUGAAGGGAGGCCCCGGAGGGCGGCUCUGCGAGUGCUUAGUGCACUGGCCCUGGAGCACGCACAGGACGUGGUGCGCGCACUGCUUCCGCGCUCGCUGCCACUGGACCGGGCAGCAGCUGAGCUGUGGCGCAGCCUAAGUCGGAACCAGCGAGUAAAUGGGCAGGUGCUGGUGCAACUGCUGUGGGCACUGAAGGGGGCUUCUAGGCCUGAGCCCAAGGCAUUGGCGGCCACACGUGCCCUUGGGGAGAUGCUGACUGUAUCAGGCUGUGUGGGAGCCACACGAGGCUUCUACCCACACCUGCUGCUUGCACUAGUCACGCAGCUACAUGAGUUAGCUCGUGAUGGGUGCUCUCCUGAAAGUCCUAAGGUUUGGGUCCUAUCCCACAGAGGGCCACCACACAGCCAUGCCAGCUGCACAGUGGAAGCAUUGAAGGCCCUGCUCACUGGAGAUGGUGGCCGCAUGGUGGUCACAUGUAUGGAGCAGGUGGGAGGCUGGAGGAGACUGGUAGGAGCCCACACCCACCUGGAGGGUGUCUUGCUGCUGGCCAGUGCCAUGGUAGCACAUGCAGACCACCACCUGAGAGGCCUCUUCGCAGACUUGCUUCCCCGGCUGCGCAGCACUGAUAACUCACAGCGCCUCACGGCUAUAGCUUUCUUCACCGGGCUGCUGCAGAGCUCGCCUACCGCACGGCUACUGCGGGAAGACGUCAUCUUGGAGCGGCUUCGCACCUGGCAGCGUGACCCGGAGCCCACGGUGCGCUGGCUGGGUCUCUUAGGCCUCCGCCACCUGGCACUGAAUUGCAGGAAGAUACGGCACAUGAGUACUCUGCUGCCUGCUCUGCUGGGCGCGCUGGGCGAGGGUGAUGUGCGGCUCGUGGGCACAGCGCUGGGUGCACUGAGAAGGCUACUGGUACAGCCGGGUGCGCCUGUGCGGCUCCUGAGCUGGCAGCUCAGACCACGCCUCCCACUGCUGCUGGAUGACCCCCGGGACUCAGUCCGUGCCUCAGCAGUUGGGCUCCUGGGGACGCUGGUUCGGCGGGGCCAGCGCUGGCUUCGGGUGGGACUUCAUGGCCCCCUUCGGAAGCUGGUGCUGCAGAGUCUCGUUCCACUGCUGUUGCGCCUGCAUGACCCUAGCCAAGACACUGCCGAGAGUUCAGAGUGGACCCUGGCCCGCUGUGACAAGGCUCUUCGCUGGGGCCUACUGGAGGAGAUGGUCACUGUGGCCCACUACGACAGCCCAGAGGCUCUAAGCCGUGUCUGCUACCGCCUGGUCCAGCAAUACCCGAGCCACAUCCCCUGCUUCCUGAGCCAGACCCAGGGCUACCUGAGAAGCCCACAGGAUUCCCUACGCAGGGCUGCUACUGUGCUUUUAGGAUUCCUGGUCUAUCAUGCGAGCCCUAGGCACGUCGACCAGGAUCUGCUGGACUCCCUGUUCCAAGACCUAGGGCAGCUGCAGAGCGACCCAGAACCUGCAGUGGCUGCGGCAGCACAUGAGUCCACACAGCAGGUGGCGCUGCUGGCCCAUGCACAGGCCCAACCAAGGCAGCGCCUCCUCCUGCGCCUGGUCUCUCGCAAUACCCACUGGGCCAGGCCCACACCGUGCUAUGCUGACAGCCCAUUCCAGCGCCGGAGCCUUGAAGGCCGGUGG